AUGGAUUAUCGUCCAUUAGACAUCACGGUGAUCUCCGCCAGUGUCCUCGAAAACUUGUUGUUCUUCUUCAAGGUCAAAGUGUACGUCGUUGUUUCCUUGAUAAACGGCAAAUCAAUCAUUGAAAAGAAGACCCAUUCCUCCCACGGCCGGAACCCUAAGUGGAACCACCGCAUCAAGUUUUCGGUCCAAGAGUCAGCUAUCCAAACCAGCACCCUCCUCUUUGUUCUGCGCCAACACCGCCUAUUCGGUGACAAAGAAAUUGGCGAGGUCUCCAUCCCGGUCCGGGAGCUCCUUGAGACAAACUCCGAUUCCGGCACCAUGGAACAUGUCGUUGAUUAUCAGGUUCAAUCCAUCAGAGGGAAAUCCAAAGGUACUUUCACCUUUUCACACCAGUUCAGAGAGAGAGUUCCGGCAGAUCAAACCGUCGUCACCGGUAGUUCUCAUCCUCCUCCGGUUAAUCAACAAGGGAUGAUGCCUGCUUACCCUCAAUCAUCGUAUUCUGCAACUCCGGGAUACUACCUAGCCACCCAAUACGGUGGCGCGUGGUACCAACACACGACAACUCCAUACCCUACCCAACAAGUGGGCUAUAAUCAACAAGUGUAG